ACCAAUCAAGCAGGAGAGACCAGCCUCCCCUGUUCCCAGCUGUGUGUCCAUGAAGAGUGACUGGUCUAUGGAACAACCUUUACAGUUUAGAGAGGGAGACUUUUCUACUGAACAAAGAAACCAACAGGAGAGAUCAGAGUCAGAGAUUCUCAGUGGUCAGUCUUCCCAGAGUCAUCAAACAGACCUGGCCUCCAUAUUCAGUUUGCUUGAAGAGAAAAUUAUGACAUUUGUGAAGAACGAGCUGAAGAUGUUCAAGAGGAUUCUUAGUCCAGAACUCCCAGAAGGCUUUGAGAGUCAGAAGCAGGAUAAGGAAGUGGUGGAUGCUGAAGAUGAGAAGCAGGAGAGCAGUGCCAGAGAGGCUCUGAAGAUCACACUGCACAUCCUGAGGAAAAUGAACCAGAAGGAGCUUGCUGACACACUGGAGAAAUAUGAGCUUGCUGUGAUUUGCCAACGUGAACUCAAAUCUAAUCUAAAGAAGAAGUUUCAAUGUGUAUUUGAGGGGAUCGCUAAACAAGGAAACCCAACACUUCUCAAUAAGAUCUACACAGAGCUCUACAUCACAGAGGGUGGAACAGGAGAGGUCAAUAAUGAACAUGAGCUGAGACAGAUUGAGACAACAACCAGGAAACAAGCAAGACCAGAGACUGCAAUCAAAUGUAACGACAUCUUCAAACCCUUAACUGGACAAGACAAACCUAUCAGAACUGUGCUGACAAAGGGAGUCGCUGGCAUUGGAAAAACAGUCUCUGUGCAGAAGUUCAUUCUGGACUGGGCUGAAGGAAAAGCAAAUCAGGAUGUCCAAUUUGUAUUUUCAUUCCCUUUUCGGGAGCUGAAUUUGAUGAAAGGGGACAAACACACUUUCAUUGAACUUCUUAAUCACUUCUCAAUGGAAACCAAACAAUCAGGAAUCUCCAUCUACAACAAGUACAAAGUUCUGUUCAUCUUUGAUGGUCUGGAUGAGUGCCGACUGCCCCUAGACUUCCAGAAGAACAAGAUCUGUUGGGACGUCACAGAGUCAACCUCAGUGGAUGUUCUGCUGACAAAUCUCAUCAAGGGAAAUCUGCUUCCCUCUGCUCUCCUCUGGAUAACUACCCGACCUGCAGCAGCCAAUAAGAUCCCUUCAUGGUGUGUUGACCAGGUGACAGAGGUACGAGGGUUCAAUGACCCACAGAAGGAGGAGUACUUCAGGAAGAGAUUCAGUGAUGAGGACCUGGCCAGCAGAAUCAUCUCACACAUAAAGACAUCAAGGAGCCUCCACAUCAUGUGCCACAUUCCAGUCUUCUGUUGGAUUUCUGCAACAGUCCUUGAACACAUGCUGAAACACAAGAGAGAAGAGAUGCCCAAGACUCUGACUGAGAUGUACACACACCUUGUGGUGUUUCAUACCAAACAGAAGAAUGAAAAGUAUCUUGGGAAAGAAGAGACAGGUCCACACUGGAAUAAAGAGAGCAUUCUGUCACUGGGAAAACUGGCUUUUCAACAGCUUGUGAAUGGCAAUCUGAUUUUCUAUGAAGAAGACCUGAACGAUGCUGGCAUUGAUGUUAAUGAAGCCUCUGUGUACUCAGGAUUGUGCACACAGCUCUUUAAAGAGGAAUGUGGGCUGUACCAGGACAAGGUGUACUGCUUUGUUCAUCUGAGCAUUCAGGAGUUUCUGGCUGCUGUAUAUGUGUUCCUCUCUUUCAUCAACAACAAAGAGAAUGUAAUGGACAAACUGCAAACAAAGUCCAUUAUCUUUUCUCUGCUGUUCAAUGACAAUCCUGAAUUUACUGUCUACAGGAGUGCUGUGGAUAAAGCCUUACAAAGUGAGACGGGAAACCUGGACCUUUUCCUCCGCUUCCUUCUAGGCCUCUCACUGGAGUCCAAUCAGAAGUACUUACGAGGUCUACUGACAAAGACAAGAAGCAGCUCACAGAGCCAUGAAGAAACAGUCAAGUACAUCAAGAAGAAGAUCAGGGAGAAUCCGUCUCCAGAGAGGAGCAUCAAUCUGUUCCACUGUCUGAAUGAACUGAAUGACCAUUCUCUAGUGGAGGAGAUCCAAAGAUACCUGAGAUCAGGAAGUCUCUCAAAACCCAACCUGUCACCUGCACAGUGGUCAGCUCUGGUCUUUGUGUUGCUGACUUCAGAAAAGGAGCUGGAUGUGUUUGACCUGAAGAAAUACUCCAGAUCAGAGGAAGGUCUUCUGAGGCUGCUGCCAGUGGUCAAAGCCUCCAGAGCUGCUCUGCUGUCAGGCUGUGGAGUCACAGAGGAAGGCUGUGCUUCUCUGGUCUCAGCUCUGGAGUCAAACCCAUCACACCUGAGAGAGCUGGAUCUGAGUAACAAUGACCUGAAGGAUUCAGGAGUGAAGCUGCUCUCUGCUGGACUGGGGAAUCCCCACUGUAAACUGGAGACUCUGAGGCUGUCAGGCUGUCUAGUCACAGAGGAAGGCUGUGCUUCUCUGGUCUCAGCUCUGAGGUCAAACCCCUCACACCUGAAAGAGCUGGACCUGAGCUACAAUCACCCAGGAGACUCAGGAGUCAGACUGCUCUCUGCUGGACUGGAGAAUCCACACUGCAGACUGGAGAAACUCAAUGUGGAACAUGGUGGAGAGAACACAAUGAAACCUGGACUUAGAAAAUAUGUCUGUGAUCUCACACUGGACCCAAACACAGUAGACAGAUGCCUCUCUCUGUCUGAGGAGAACAGAAAGGUGACAUGUAGGACAGAGGAGCAGCCGUAUCCUGAUCACCCAGAGAGAUUUGAGGACUGUGGACAGGUGCUGUGUAGAGAGGGUCUGACUGGGCGCUGUUACUGGGAGGUAGAGUGGAGUGGGAGAGGGGCUGAUAUAGGAGUGACAUAUAAAGGAAUCAGCAGGAGAGGAAGGGGUGAUGACUGUUGUCUUGGAAACAAUGACAAGUCCUGGAGUCUGUUCUGCUUUGACAACAGUUACAUUGCCUGUCACAAUGAUAAUCUCACUACCAUAGACGUCCCCUCCUCCAGCCCCCACAGAGUAGGAGUGUAUCUGGACUGGCCAGCCGGCACUCUGUCCUUCUAUAGAGCCUCCUCUGACACACUGACCCACCUGAUCACAUUCACCUCCACAUUCACUGAGCCCCUCUAUCCAGGGUUUUGGAUUUAUGGUGACUCCUCAGUGUUGAUGGUAUUUCAGUGUCCCUGAAAUAAUAACGGACACACACACACACACACACACACUGGACACACAAACACACACUGAACACACACACACUGAAUACACACACACACACACACACACACUGGACACACAAACACACACUGAACACACACACACUGAAUACACACACACACACGCUGGACAAAAAACACACACACACACACACUAGACACACUGAACACACACACACACACUGGACACACACACACACACACUGAACACAAACACACACACGCUGGACAAACACACACACACACACUGGACAAAAACACACACACACACACUAGACACACUGAACACACACACACACUGACACACACACACUGAACACACACACACACACACGCUGGACAAACACACACACACACACUGGACAAAAACACACACACACAUACUAGACACACUGAACACACACACACACACUGGACACACACACACACACACACUGAACACAAACACACACACUGAACACACACACACACACACACACAAACACACACACACACACUGGACAAACACACACACACUGGACAAACACACACACACACACUGGACAAACACACACACAUACACUGGACACACACACACUGAACACACACACACACUGACACACACACACACACACUGGACACACACACACUGAACACACACACACACUGGACACACACACUGAACACACAAACACACACUCCUCAGUGUCCCUGUAAAUAAUAAUGGUGGUUUGGUGACUCAGUGAUAUACACAGACAAACACUGGACACACACAGACACACACACACACAUACACACACUGAACACACACACACACACACACACUGAACACACACACACUGGACACAGACAUACAUGCUGGACACACACAUACACACACGCUGGACACACACAUACACACACGCUGGACACACACACACACGCUGGGCACACACACACACACGCUGGGCACACACACACACACGCUGGGCACACACACACACACGCUGGGCACACACACACACACACACUGGACACACACACACACACUGGACACACACACACACACUGGACACACACACACACUGGACACACACACACACACGCUGGACACAGACACACACGCUGGACACACACACAUGCUGGACACACACACACACACACACACACACAUACUGGACACACACACACAUACUGGACACACAGACACAUACUGGACACAGACACACACACACACUGGACAAACACACACACACACACAGGACACACACACACACAGGACACACACACACACAGGACACACACACACACACACAGGACACACAGGACACACACACACACACGCUGGACACACACACACACACACACGCCUGGACACACACACACACACACACUGGACACACACACACACACACACACACACACACUGGACACACACACACACACACACUGGACACAUACACACACUGGACACACACACACACUGGACACAGACACACACACACACACAUGCUGGACACACACACACACCUGCUGGACACACAUACUGGACACACACACACACACACACACUGGACUCAGACAUACACUGGACACACACACACACUGGACACACACACACGCUGGACACACACACACACGCUGGACACACACACACACGCUGGACACACACACACACCUGCUGGACACACAUACUGGACACACACACACACACACUGGACUCAGACAUACACUGGACACACACACACACUGGACACACACACACACGCUGGACACACACACACACGCUGGACACACACACACACACACAUUCUGGACACACACACACAUGCGCGUCUUUCUAUAGUUGUGAGGACCUCUUACAACAACACUGUUAAAAUACCAAUGUGAUCAUGUGUUGUCUUUUAUGUUGAAAAACAAAUUGUAUAAUUAUAUAUGGACAUACGCUCCAUAGUUGUACAAGUAUACAAGGAUAUAUUGUACUUUUCAUAAUAAAACAUACUUGAAACAAGAAAA